AUGGAUGGAGGCAACCAAAGUGGGGAAUCUGGGUUCCUCCUGCUGGGGAUUUCAGAGAUUCCUGAGCAGCAGUCCGUCCUCUUUUGGGCGUUCCUGUCCAUGUACCUGGUCACAGUGGUGGGGAAUGUGCUCAUCAUCCUGGCCAUCACCUCUGACUCACGCCUGUAUACUCCCAUGUACUUUUUCCUGGCCAACCUCUCCCUCACGGACCUCUUCUUUGUCACCAACACCAUCCCCAAGAUGCUGGUGAACCUUCAGUCGCAGAACAAAGCCAUCUCCUACGCCGGGUGUCUGACGCAGCUCUACUUUCUGGUCUCCCUGGUGGCCCUGGACAACCUCAUCCUGGCAGUGAUGGCCUAUGACCGCUACGUGGCCAUCUGCCGCCCCCUUCACUACACCACAGCCAUGAGCCCUAAGCUCUGUGUCUCUCUCCUCGCCCUGUGCUGGGUCCUGUCUGUCCUCUAUGGCCUCAUCCACACCCUCCUCAUGACCAGGGUGAUCUUCUGUGGAUCUCGGAAAAUCCACUACAUCUUCUGUGAGAUGUACGUCCUGUUGAGGCUUGCAUGUUCCAACACCCAAGUCAACCACCUGGCGCUGAUUGUCACAGGCUGCUUGGUCUUCCUCGUUCCCUUUGGGUUCAUGAUCCUGUCCUAUGUCUGGAUCAUCAGAGCCAUCCUCAGAAUCCCAUCAGCCUCUAACAAGUACAAAGCCUUCUCCACCUGUGCUUCCCAUUUGGCUGUGGUCUCUCUCUUCUAUGGGACACUGUGUAUGGUGUAUCUGCAGCCCCUCCACACCUACUCCCUGAAGGAUUCGGUAGCCACGGUGAUGUAUGCUGUGGUGACCCCCAUGAUGAACCCUUUCAUCUACAGCCUGAGGAACAAGGAUAUGCACUGGGCGCUGGGAAGGCUUGUGAGGAAGCCCUGUCAGGGGCUCACAAGGGGGUAA